CUGGACCGUAAACAUUAAAAAUGGCGGUUGAUCCAAAAUCGCAUUUAAAUACCAGUAUAGAAGACUUUGUGUUUGUCAAGCCCAUUAGCAGAGGAGCUUUCGGCAAAGUUUUUUUAGGCUACAGAAAAGACAACCCAGAAAAGUAUUAUGCCAUCAAAGUUAUGAAGAAAUGUGAUAUGGUCAACAAGAACAUGGUUGAUCAGGUGCUAGCUGAGCGAGAUGCCAUGGCUGUCACCAAGAGUCCUUUUAUCGUCCAGCUGUUCUACUCUCUCCACUGUCAGCAGAAUAUCUUCCUGAUCAUGGAAUACAUGAUUGGUGGGGAUGUAAAAAGUCUGCUGGUCGUCUACGGCUUCUUUGAUGAAGAUAUGGCACUUAUAUACGCAGCGGAGGUGACACUGGCUCUCCAGUAUCUGCACUCCAGGGGCAUCGCUCAUAGAGACCUGAAGCCUGACAACAUGUUGAUAUCGCCCGAGGGACAUAUAAAACUGACAGACUUCGGACUGUCCAAAAUCCAAUUUGAAGUGGGGACAUGUAAACUGGGAAAGACCCCCCUCCCCUACAGUAGUCACAGGAUGGAUUGCUUCCGCACCCCUGGCCAGAUCCUCUCCCUCAAGAGUAACCUUGGAUUUAAUAUCCCUUCUGCGAAAAAGGUACAAAAUAACGUAGACAACAUGGAGACCCCUGCCUCCAGACGUAAGCGUAUUCCCCGAAGUCCUCUUGUAAACUUAAACACCAACUCUCCAAACGUGCAGCAUUCCAAACCUAAGUCGCUGAGGGAUCGUCUGGUGAGCCAAGCAACCAAGACACGCUUGUCGUCCUCGGCCUUGUCACUGCCUCCACCCGUAAUGAGCUUGACGCCAACUCUGCAGGACUCGUUAAACUGGUCCAACAGUUGUAGCGAGGGAAGUUCCUUCCAAAGGGAGUCUUCACGUCGUUCCAGUCUGUUCGAUGAUCGAACUCUCAGCACACAUAACCUGAUGGCAAUGGCGGAAAGCCACAAAGUGUCAAAUUUCAGAAACAUCAAGAUAAGUGAAAUUGUCACGGAAAGUUCGUUGGAUUGGACGGGUAAUCACAGUGAAGACACUGGGGAUAGUAUUUUCGAGAGCAGUAUAAGUAUUGAUAUGUCAGCAGACAAAAGUUCUGAUUCAGUAUUCUACAAGAAAUGUCACGAUGGCGAAGAGGAUUGUUGUGAGGAAGACUGUUGUAACAGCCACCUGAAGGCUCCGUCACGACAGGAGAGCAUGAUGGACGAUACCCCCCAGAUGCACCGGUCUAACGAAUCUGUGUGGAACUCAUAUGCAGCAAGGAAUCUGCGAUCAAUGCGUCAUGGGUCUUACUCGGAGGAUAGCGACGAAAACGAGGAACCAAAGCAGAGGGGUGCGGUAAUGAGAAAGAAAAGUUCAAAGUCUAGCUGUGGUAAAAGUAGCAUACAAAGUGAUGAUAGUUCUACAAAUGUGCGUCAGUUUCCCGGGCGAAGCAGGGACAGACGGGUGUACAGUUAUCACUCGGACGAAGAGAUGGACAAUCUACAAAACAGUGAAAAAAGGCGCUGUAGCAGUGAAGGGCGAAACAGGAAACGACAGUUUGACAAGGUGGCCAGAAGUCCUUUGAUAAAGAAAGUGUACUCUAAAACCGGCAUCACACAGGAAAUCUGCACGAUGAAGUUGUAUGGCGACGAGCACCGCCUAAAAAGGAGUAACUCUGAGAAAUUGAACAGAGAAUUAGACACGUACAAUCUAUGUCACAGACAAUACAAUACAGACAAUUACAGAGACUUUGUGGAUUUAACGUCAGAAAAUCUAAAAUCGGAUGCUUGUGCAAGUUUAUGCAAGGAAAACAACUUGCCUGAAAGAGUUCCCUCACGAUCCUCUUGUUGUCGAAGACUUUCAGGCAAGCUGCGUUCAGAACAACAAAAACAUGAACAGAAAAUUUCAAUGAAAUGCUCUCUGGAGGAGGAGGAGGAUGCACUCUUACCUUCGUCACUUUCUUCUCCGGAUGUCAGUAUGUCAAUUUUGAACGAUAAAUGUGAAAUGGCAGAUAAUUCAGAGAAUAUUUCACAAAUUGUGUCCGAUGUAGUUUGUGAUUCUUUGACCGACAUGGACCAGUCGGAUGAUCCUUGCACAUCACUAAACAACAGUUCAAACAAAGAGAUGAGUUUAGACCGAGAACCAGUGGCUGUAGAGGACAGAGAGUCUGACGCAUCAGUCGGUGAUUCUGAAGGGUCAAUGGAGAUGGAUAACACAUCCCCUGUAAAAAACAGUCAUAAAAAAACGACAAGAUUUCAGAGUCCGGAGGGCAGAAGUUCUGCAUCGAAUCCUGGUCUGGUACCACAGACACCAGAUCCCUCUACUUACAAAAAGGACCCUAUCCAGCAGACACCUGUCAUUCAUCGCCCGACGAGACCCACACAGUCGCUGCACGCCCACUUUGCACCAGCUGUGUGCGAGACACCCGUCUCACAGAUAUCACGACAGGCAUUUCCACCCGUCACCCCAGGCUACAGCAGAACACCAGCCAGGAACCUAAUGAAAACUCCCUUCAAAACCCCUAAAAGUGUGAGGAGGGGACAAAAACCAAACACAGACGAUCAGCGUAUACUGGGUACCCCUGACUACUUGGCUCCAGAAAUUCUAGAACAGAAAACACAUGGGCCCACUGUUGACUGGUGGGCACUAGGAGUGUGUCUGUUUGAAUUCCUCACCGGGGUACCACCCUUCAAUGAUCAGACCCCUGACCUUGUUUUCCAAAACAUACUCAACAGAGAUAUUCCGUGGCCGGAGGAUGAAGAAGCCUUGUCGGACAAUGCCCAGUAUGUGAUUGACGAGCUCCUGACUGUGGAUCCUGACCUUCGACCCUCAGCCAAAGAUGUGAAGGCGAUGCCGUUCUUUGCUGAGGUGGACUGGAACAAUCUGCUCGACAUCACUCCUCCGUUUAUACCACAGCCUGACGAUGAACUGGACACCACUUACUUCCAAGCCAAGAAUAGCAUGCAGGAACUGCUGGUGUCUGGAGUGGACUUCGGGCUGUGAUCCUUACAAGACCAACAAGUGAUAUCACCCAGGAUGCUGGCAUUCGGAGAUGAUGUACAAGGAUUUCGGGACAAAUUGGGCUUCAAAGAUGCUGUUUCAUAAAGGAAGUUUUCCAAGUGAAAUGAAGAAAUACCUGUGACCUUCCUUUGAAGCAGCAACAUGACCUGUGCUUCAGCCAAUCGGCAACAUUAUUGUAAGGAGUCUGUUAGUUGAUGUUGAGGUCACCAGAAUUUGACUGAAAUUAUUUACAUUUCAGCAUGGAGAUUGUGAUUUGAUUUCGAUUGGCUGAUGUUCGAUAAAAGAAAACUGUGAUGUUUGAUCACUGGGGUAACCUGGUAGAUUUGUUUUAUCUGUGAUGUAAUAUUGUAACUAUAUAUACUUGCUUGAAACGGGUAUUUACGAAGUCAUAGCGACUGCAUUUUUCGAGUUACUGUAUAUGUAUACACUAUGCUUAACCAUGUCACUAGAUCAAUAUUGUUACUGUAUUGUGGGAACAUUGUAAAACCAAGCUUGCAUAGUCAGGACAUACAAGUGCAUGAUAGUUGACAGAUUUUUUUUUCUUCUUUGGUGACAGUGUCUCACCAAACGCUCUUAUUCUCAUACAGAUUAAUGAUAUUAAAAUGUCCACAGACAAGCAAUAUUUUCACAAGAAGCUAUUCUGAAAGAAAUAAUUUCAUAUUUUAAUUAAUACCCCACAAAUAAACAAUUAUUUGAUGACCCCUUUUGUUAGGUGUACCAUACCAUUACUUGCUAAUGUUUGUGGUCUAAUCUGCACUUAAUCAAACUGCUUCACAUGCUACCCAUCCUCGAUACUCCAGCGAUUACGCUCACUUUCGCUCUCUGCACCCCUGGAAUAUG